GGACCCGAACGCAGGUGCUUAUCUCGAGGCUGUCAAAGGCACAGUAUGUCAUAUUCCUGGGGACUACCUUUCAAAGCCACAGCACCAGCUCAGCUAUCAAGAGACUGGGGGAAAAUCAAACUUUUUGGAUCACAGAACUAGAGAAUGAAUUACAUGAUCACUUCCUGAGAGCUGAGAAUUGUGAACGCAUCAACCAAGGUGGACAGUGUGAAUCUGGCAGCUUAUCCUACAGACUGCACAGAAAACUACAAUCAAAGAUGGAUUCUGAGGGUGAGGAGCAAACUCUGCAAACAUGUAACAGUAGCACAGUGCCGGCUGACUGCAUCGCUGACACUCCAAGCCCAUAUGGGUCCAUGGCUAGGAAGAGGAGUGCCCAGGAAGGGGUGCAGGGUGCCCCCGUCAACAAGAGAAAGUCCCUGCUGAUGAAGCCCCGCCACUACAGCCCCAGCGAGCCAUGUGAAGAGGAGAGCGAGGACCUGGCACCGCCACAGGACAAAGAAGAGCUGAGGAACAUUGACACUCCAGCAGAUGGGAACUUGAAUGCAGUCAAUGGAGUGGCCAGCAGGAAUGGUUGCCACGAUGCGGCUGCAAAGUCCCACGAUUCCCUCGGAUGGUCUGAAGUUGCAUCAGAUGUCUCUCCACGGUGCGAGGCGGAGACGUCUGAACCUCUGAUGGACGGGGAUGAAGAGGAAGAGCUCAUGAAUGAAGAGGAAGACCAAAGUCAAGACAGGAUGAGUGUUGCAUGUACUUCGCCGCCACAAAGCCCAUACGGAGACAUGCGGGAGGAGUGGGAGCCUCUGUCUCUUUCUGCCAAGGUGAACGGCUCCAAUAGCAGCCCCUCUCGAGCCUCGGAAGACCUAUCGGGCAGGAACGGCCACCUGAGAGAAGACCAUGACUCAGAACUAGUCGGUCCGAUGGGUCGAACAAGCAUUUUCCAAGCUGAGGUGCUGAGGUGUAGGCCACUCCUGACAGAGGAGGACAGCGAGGGGGAAGUGGAGGCAGACAGGCCGUCCCGGCUGGAGGGCUGGGCUCUGGGCCUACAGGAGCGGGGCCUUGAUUUGGGCCGGGGACGAGUGAACCUGAGUCUUUUGGAACAGGCUAUCGCCCUGCAGUCGGAGCAGAGGCAGGUUCUGCACCACGCCUACAGGGAGAUGGACCGGUUCCUCAUGGAGCAGAUGACCAACGAGAGAAGACACCACCGAAUGAUGGACAUGGACGGCAGACUGAACUAUCAUGGAGGAAAAGAUUCCCCUCGGACAGAUAAGAAAGAUAUAAGGUGCCCGACUCCCGGCUGUGAUGGCACUGGACAUGUGACCGGCCUGUAUCCACACCACAGGAGUUUGUCUGGGUGUCCACACAAAGUCAGAGUCCCCCCUGAGAUCCUGGCCAUGCAUGAGAAUGUCCUCAAGUGCCCUACACCUGGGUGCACAGGAAGAGGCCAUGUCAACAGCAACCGUAGCACCCACCGGAGUCUCUCAGGCUGCCCCAUUGCUGCUGCAGUCAAAGUCUCCAAACCUCAGGAUGAGAGUUCAAAAUGCAGACAAACACCUGACCGCUCACCGAGAGCCAUCGGCUUGAUAAAAAAAUUUGAGAUGAACCAGUUAAACUACAGGCUAUCCCAUCCAGUAGCGGCCUUGCAGACGAACCUUUCCAAGGAUAUGGACAAGUACAGCAAAAUCCGCUUCGAUUACGCUAGUUUUGAUGCGCAGGUCUUCGGCAAACAGUCUCUGAUGGGAUCCAACCAGGACCAGGAUAUCUCUUCUCAUUUCCCUGACUCUCCUCAGCAGUAUCCUGGCUUCCUUGGUACUCCAGGUGGCCGCCUGCCCACCUCUGGUCAGCACAGCCCACCAAGUCAAUUCAAAAAAGGAGACGGUCUCCAAGCCACAGCAGCGACUGCCGCCAUCCUUAAUCUGUCCACCCGUUACCGGAAGAGCAUGGAGGCUGUCACUGGCCGGCCCUUGGCAACCUCCACAAAGGACAUGCUCAUAGAGGUGGACGAAAACGGCACCCUGGACCUGAGUAUGAAGAAAUGCAAGGAAAAUGCGAAAGCCCAGAUGACUAAGGUGCCUUCGGAAGACCCGCAGUCUCCUCCUGAGUCCGCUGUGGUGAAGGGCGGGGGCGUGCUCCUCAACCCGGCCUUUUACCAGCCACUGUGUGACAGAGACAGCUGGGACACUCCCAUCCCUAUCAACUUCAGUAAAGCAUCCAUCCUGCACGACCAAGAGCAGGAGGAUUUUGACGAGGUCUCCCUGGAGGACCAACACUAUCAAGGAGACGCCAGCAUGAUAAGCCCCAAAACCAAGCUGCUAUUACGAGAUUCAAAGAAAGAGCUAAUGAGCUGUCCAACCCCGGGCUGUGAUGGCAGUGGCCAUGUGACGGGAAAUUAUGCAUCACAUCGAAGUGUGUCUGGAUGUCCCCUAGCUGACAAGACACUCAAAUCACUGAUGGCAGCCAACUCUCAGGAACUAAAGUGCCCAACACCUGGUUGUGAUGGAUCUGGACAUGUGACUGGGAACUACGCUUCACACAGAAGUUUGUCAGGAUGUCCACGUGCCAGAAAAGGAGGUUUGAAGCUUACGCCAAACAAGGACGAAAAAGACGAGCAAGAAAUGAAGUGUCCAGUUAUUGGAUGUGACGGACAGGGCCAUAUAUCGGGAAAAUACACAUCCCACCGCAGCGCAGGCAGUUGCCCACUUGCUGCCAAGAGACAGAAGGAGUCGUCCGUCAAUGGGCUGCCCUUUGCCUGGAAGGCCAAUAAACAGGAGCUGCCCCACUGUCCCUUGCCUGGCUGCAAUGGCCUCGGACAUGCCAAUAAUGUGUUUGUCACUCACAGAAGCUUGUCUGGUUGCCCACUGAACGCACAGAGUAUAAAGAAAAAGCACUCAGGAGAGGAGAUGAUGACUAUCAAAUUGAAAGCCAGCAGUGGUGUCGAAAACAAAGAGGACGUUCAACAUUUGGAUCACGAAAUAAAGGAACUGAACGAAUCCAACCUGAAAAUUGAGGCGGACAUGAUGCAACUCCAAACACAGCAGAUUUCGUCUAUGGAAUGUAACCUGAAGACAAUUGAAGAGGAAAACAAGAUGAUUGAACAGCACAAUGACAGCCUUCUGAAGGAGCUGGCGCGCCUCAGCCAAGCUCUCAUUAACAGUCUAACAGACAUUCAGCUGCCUCAAAUGGGACCCAUCAGUGAGCAUAAUUUCGAGGCCUAUGUGAACACAUUAACUGAUAUGUACAACAACUCGGAGCAUGAAUACUCUCCAGAGUGCAAGGCCCUCUUGGAUAAUAUCAAACAGGCUAUUAAGGGCAUCCAUGUUUAAGCUGUAGAGCUACCAAGAGGUUUCUUUGACUUGGGAUAAUGGCACUAGAUAGCUCUAUUUUACUGAAGAGUGCUGGCUUGGCUGCGUGUAUAAGACAAGGCUUUUGGAAAUGUGUUCAUCAUUUCCCCGUAAAUACACUGCACUGAGAAAAUUACCAGCCGGAUUUGUAAUGCUUUUACCGUUUCUGCAUUCACUUGAUAUGUUUAUCCUGGUGAGAUUUUUACCCCCCUUGCACUUAAUUAUUUUGUAUGGUUUGCUUGAUUUGAAUCUGUAUGUGUUCAUGUCAUUCUUAUAUUAUUCGCUAUUUAUUAUAUUUGUUCAUCAGUGUAUUUAUUUCCUCGAUUUUUAUUUAUUUCUCUGAUUGUAAAUGCGUACUAUUGAUGAAUCUGUUGACUUUCUGCACAUUGUAAAUUACAUAGAAGCACAUUCCAAUUUCAUGGCAUACUUCCGCCAUCUAGUGUUGAAAAAUUUAUAUCAGACCACCGAGUAGGAUCUCCCUUUCAAAGU